AUGCCCGUCAUAAAGUCAAAGACCAUCGGGUCUGGCGAGGCCCCGAAGCAGCCCAACCAGCCCUCCCGAAAAGGCAAGAAAGCGUGGCGGAAGAAUGUCGAUGUCAGCGAAGUGCAGCAUGGCCUCGCAGAAUUGAAUGAAGAAAUCAUUCGAGGUGGUGUCAUCAAGGAAAAGGCCUCCGAAGAUCUGUUCACCGUCGACCUCAAGGGCGACUCGCGCAUCGCCAAAAAGUCCAAGCAUGUCAAGAAGACCCUCAAGGCUGACGAGAUCCUCGCCCAGCGAUCCGCUGUCCCCGCCGUCUCCAUGCGCAAGCGCCCUAGCGACAAGACCACCAACGGCCUCAUCCCCGCGAAGCGCCAGCGAACCGGCUGGGUCUCCCACAAGGAACUCUCUCGCCUAAAACGGGUCGCCGAUGGCCAACACGACAACACCGUCGACGUCAAAGAUGCCACCUACGAUGUCUGGGACAUGCCCGUCGCCGUGCCGCAGACCGACAUUAACGACUUCAUCCCUGAGCAAGAAAAGGCCAAGGCUCCCAAGACUAUGAAGAAGGCCCCCAUCUCCCUGCUCGAGAAUGGCAAGCAGGUUGCCGCCGUCCAAACCCCGUCAGGAGGCUACAGCUACAAUCCCGUGUUCACCGACUACGAGGAGCGUUUGGCGGAGGAGAGUGAGAAGGCCCUCGAGGCUGAGCGCAAACGAUUGGCAGCCGAAGAGGCCGACCGCCUCAAGCAAGAGGCUGCUGCCAAAUCGGCGGCUGAGGCAGAGGCCGCCGAGGCCCGGGCCAACCUAUCAGAAUGGGAGGAGGACUCGGAGUGGGAAGGCUUCCAGAGCGGCGCCGAGGACGACAAGCUAACGGCCAAGCGACCGGAGAGGAAGACGCAGACCCAGCGCAACCGCAUCAAGCGCCGGAAGGAAGAGGAGCGCCUGGCCAAGCACAAGGCCGCCAUCAAGGCCCAGCGCCGCCAGGAGCACCGCAUCAAGGAGAUUGCCGACGAGGUCGAGGAGGAGGACCGCAACCGCCAGCUCAUCCUCGCCGUUGAGUCCGACGACGAGGUCGCCACCGACCUCAAGGAGCACAAGCUGCGGCGCAAGCAGCUCGGCAAGUACAAGCUGCCGGAGGGCGACCUCGAGUUUGUCCUGCCCGACGAGCUGCAAGAAUCGCUCCGCCUGCUCAAGCCCGAGGGCAACCUGCUCAAGGACCGGUACCGCAGCAUGCUCGUCCGCGGCAAGGUCGAGAGCCGUCGCCAUCUCCCCUUCCACAGACUGGCUGCCCGAAAGUAUACCGAGAAGUGGACGUACAAGGAUUUCACGAUAUAG